AUGGGUUUAGGGAUGCUGCACUUCGAUGGUCGCGUCGUCGAUGAUGAUGGGCGGCCCUUGCUGGAAUCCGACAACGGCGAGGAGCUGAUGCAUGUUGAGCCUGGCGUCGCCGUCGCCCUCGGUUCCCGGCCUAUGGAGUCGCCUGGAACUCUCUACGUCAUCUCAAGGAGGGUGAUUUGGUUGAGCGACGUCGACAAAGGGAAAGGGUAUGCGGUGGAUUUCUUGUCGUUGUCCCUCCAUGCUGUGUCAAGGGACCUAGAGACCUACCCCUUUCCUUGCAUCUAUACUCAGAUCAAGAUAGGCGACGAAGAUGAAGAGUCUGAAAGCUUAGAUUCAGAAAGUAAUGAUGAUUUGGAAUUGUCAAAAGUCACUGAAAUGAGACUUCUUCCUUUAGAUGUUGGAAAGAUGGACUGCAAGCACAUUUAUGAGAAGGAACCAGUAAUCCACUACAUAAGCACAAAGAAACCACAUCCUCGAUGCCUAGUUGCAGGUUGCCUAAAAAUUCUCCAAGUUGGACGGGUUGUAUGCGACGCCUUGCUUACAAUAGAAAUUGAUGAAAUGCGUUUGACAUCAGCUACAAACAUAAAGUCAACAAUGGUAGAAGAUUUUUACAGAAGUUGA